GCCCAGCAUUUCGCCCGAGCUGAAUCGGAUCAUCCAGUGGACGUGGAACAGCCGUCGCUGCAGCCCCUGAAGUGAGAGACCAGACGUGGCACAAGCUCAGCAGCAUCUGAGAGAGCUCACCUGGAGAAUUACUCUUGGCUGAAGUGAACAUGCUACAUAGGUGCAAAGAUGAGUUGCCAGGAAAUAUUCAUCAGCAGCAUGACAUCACAUGGAAGAAUGUGCUCUACUUCUAAAGCAAGUUACUCUUCCAGUAACCACACAUCCCUACCUGAAGAAAAGAGACAAAUCGCAGAAACAGCAAAGCAGAGAGCAAUUGAGAUUCUGAGAGAUGCCCUGAAGAAGAAGGACCGAGUGCUGAUGGAGAAGCCCCAGGAGCUGUUUUCCGGUGAUAGUGGAGAUCCCAAAUCCUGGAUGAAACGCCAUGCGAUACUGACAGAAAAGUUAGUUCGAGAUCUCAUCUCAGAGCUGGAAGCUGUGAAGUUUAAGGAGGAUCUAACAGAGAAAAAUACGUAUGCAUAUGUUUAUUCAAAGUCUGGAGACAAAACGGUAUAUUUGUGCCCACUGUUCUGGAAGGCUUCUACAGAUCUUGGGAAAGAUUCCCAGCCAGGGACUCUUAUCCAUGAAGUGUCUCACUUCCUGGGGAUACGAGAUAUCACCUAUCACGAAGCCAGUAUCUCUGUUGCCUGCAGAGGGAAGUUAGUAGAAGGGAAAUCAGGCUCCUGUGCCUCAGAUCUGAAUCCCCUUGAGAAAGCACUAUUAAAUGCUAACAACAUUGAGUAUGAAUUUGAAAUUACCCUAAAUCACAAAGGAAAAUACGAGAAUGGAAAAUACACCUGCUGUGGGGAAGAAGCCGUGAACUCAGUUUGUGAGAGAGUUGUGCCUGAUGAGUUUCUUACCUGCAAUUUCCAGGGAAGGUAAGCAACUCUCCUUUCCCAUGGGCAGUGCAUGUUGUGGGUGGUUCCCUCCCUAUUGACUGUAUGGCACUGGUGCCUAGGGACCCCACACAGGGAUUGCGUCCCCAUGGUGCUAGGAGCUGUACUCAGGGAAGACAGCCCUUGCCCCAGGGUGCUCGCAAUCCAGGAUUAUGAUAAGGUACAAGUGGGUGGAAGAAACAGACAACCAGGGCAGGGUGGGGAGAGGAGAUGGUGACAGUAAAAUGAACACUAUGAGCCAGACCCUCAGCUGGCGUAACCCAGCCUGCCUCCAGAGAGAUAAAUGGCACUAUGCCAAUUACAUUAGCUGAGACCUGCUCACAACUCUAUGUCAUAGCUCCUACAUCUCAGCCUUCCUCAGGCCAGCCACUGUCAGACAGCCACUGUCAGCCUACAGCCAUUGCUUCAUUGGGCACCAUGGCAGGGGUAAAUCUCAAGGAGGGAUUUGAAGAAGGAUAUGGUGGGAGUUUAGGAGAAGGUAUGAAGAUGCUUAUGGAUGAAUGACUAGCCGGCAGUACGGGAUCGCAGGAAGGCAGGGCUCAGUGCUGCGAUAAAUACUGUAACUGCUGC